AUGCCACCCUCGAAAUCAGAGAGUCGGAAGACACCACAGCUAGGCAGUGAUGACCUGGUCCCCUUUGAUCAUGUUGCCGCCGGACACGAGGGUGUCCGCUGCACCUUGUCUGGAUCGCUGAUCGCGAAACCCUGCACACCGCAAGAGGUGGCGUUCUACGAGUCUAGUCCACUCCACCCGGCCUUCCAGGAAUUCAUGCCCCUCUACAUUGGCUCGCUCUCAUCUGCUGGACAGCAGCAACCGCUGGCGGUCGCUGCGGCCCAGGAAUCCGGCGCUGUAUUUCUCCCCACCCCCGAAGACUCGGCCACCACCUCCGUCGAGCCUCCCUCACAAACCCCCGCCGCGGCACACGAGGCCGCGCCCACACCCACCAAGGAGGAAGGUUGGAUUCCUUCUGGCGGCAAGAAGUUGGAGACGGGCUUGUCAAUCGUGUUGGAGAAUGUCGCCUGCGGAUUCCGGCGGCCGAAUGUGCUGGACGUGAAACUCGGGGCGCGGCUAUGGGCCGACGAUGCACCGCCUGCAAAACGAAACAAGCUCGACGCCGUGUCCAAUGAGACUACAAGCUCCAGCUUGGGGUAUCGCAUUGCAGGCAUGAAAGUGUGGACUGGGCAUAACGGCGAGACCGAUGAGGGUGACCGCACCGACCCGUACGCCACCAAAUACGAGGGUGCCGAGGGCGCGAAGGGAGAGGUCAUCGAGAAGGAUGGGUACCGGCGCUACGACAAGUGGUAUGGACGGUCUUUUAAUGAUCAGAACGUCAGGCAGGGGUUUGAGACCUUUCUCGCUGGCGCGAAAGCGGGCAGGGAGGAUCGGUCGACGCUCGUUGCGCGGCGCUUGGCGGAGGAAUUGAAGAACGUGCAGCAUGUCCUCGAGUCCGAGGAGAGCCGCAUGUAUUCCUCCAGUGUUCUGGUGGUUUAUGAGGGGGAUCCCGAAGCGAUGGAGCACGCUCUCGAAGAGGAAAAGAAGAUCCCGGAGCCCGGCUCCAAGGACACGGAGGAAGAUGAUGAGGAGGAGGACUUUGAAAUCCCCGAGGAAGCAUUAGAGUUGGUUGAUGUCCAGCUCGGGAACGGGAGGGCCCAGCAAGCGAUCAAUAUCAGCAUCGAUCCUCAAACCGCACCCAUACCGGAUCUGGGUGACGAGGACGAGGAGGAAACCCCCAAAGUCCAUGACCUCCGCUUGAUCGACUUUGCGCAUGCCAAUUGGACGCCUGGGCAGGGCCCGGAUGAGAACAUCCUCAAAGGAAUUCGCAGUCUGGUUAAGAUGUUCGAAGAAUUGGCUGCAUGA